AUAAUAAAUAUUGAAAAUCUAAUAUGUAAUUUAUAAUUAUAUGAUACAAUUAAGUAUCUCAAGAUGAAACUAUACCCUCGACGAUAUAUCGAUCGUUUGAGGCGCAGACAAGCGCAACCGAGUCCGUCUAGGCCUGCUGGCCUAGACUAACAAAUAUUUUGUUAAAAAACAAAUAGACGAUGUAUUAAAGUUGAUUAAAGUUGCGUAUGUAAAGUACGAAAUUAAUUUUUAAAUUCUACGAAAAAUGGGGGUGGGUAAAAGUCAAUUUUCCGAAGAAGAACUGCAGGAUUACCAGGAUUUAACAUACUUUACGAAGAAAGAAAUUUUGCACGCUCAUCAAAAAUUUAAAGCACUUGCGCCAGAGAAGGUGGGUCACAACAGGAAUGCAAAACUUCCAAUGUCCAAGAUUUUACAAUAUCCUGAAUUGAGAGCGAACCCAUUUGGAGAUAGAAUUUGUAAAGUGUUCAGUUCUAGUCAAGACGGAGAUUGCACUUUUGAAGAUUUCUUGGAUAUGAUGUCUGUUUUUAGUGAUGCAGCUCCAAAAGCUGUGAAAGCUGAGCAUGCUUUCAGAAUAUUUGAUUUCGAUGGAGACGAUAUGCUUGGUAUUGGAGACUUGAGGCAAGUGGUAGAUAGACUCACUGCUCCUCAAAGAUUAAACGAAACAGAUAUGCAGCAAGUCCUUCAGUAUAUACUUGACGAGGCAGAUUUGGAUGACGACGGUGCACUUAGUUUCGCCGAAUUCGAACAUAUUAUCGAAAAGAGCAGCGAUUUCUCAAAGAGUUUUUGCAUACAGCUGUGAGAUGUAUAAAAUAUUGCACUAGGUAGUUGGAACGAUGACACAAGACUGAUUAUAUUAAUAUUGAAAUAUUUCAGUAUAAUUCGUAUGCCUAACAAUUUUUCAUAUUUAUUAGAAGUGAGAAGAUCAUUUUAAGAAUUAUAAAGAGUGCCAAUGUUUCCUUAAGGCCUACCAAUGAUAUUGUAGAUUAGAAAUAGUUUCUUUCUGUUUUUAUUUAGAAUUUUAUUAAAGUGAAAUAUAUCUCAUUAGUUUCAUAUGAUACUUCAUUGAAGUAUUAUACAUUUAUUUUAAACUUCGUAAUAUUGUAUUACAUACUUCACCGAAUAUAUACAUAUAUACACAUACAUUCAUAUAUGUAUAAUUCAAACGUAUUAUAAAUAAAUGUCACUUUUAUAUAUUCAAUUACAUGUAUUCAUCAUAAAUGAUGUUAUAUAGGUUUCUGUUUGAAAACUAUUUUCUUCGCACUACUUAUGCACUUUAAUCCAUUUGAUCAGAUCAAGUCAGGUCCUACCAUGACGCGACGUCACGAGGAUAUGCUGAUUUCUGAUAGCGAUUGAUUGUGAAUUGGCAUGGGUGGGGAUUGCGCCUUGUAAUCGCUUGAGUAUCUACAUAUAUACACAUAAUAUGUAUGUAAUUAGGGAAUGCGCACAAUUCGACUCGUCGAGAAUGGGAACAGUGUCUGAUUGAUGGUGCUCGGAAUUUGAAGGAGAAGGGAUGCUCCAUAAUGUAAUCUCGAUCCGUAAUUUCCGAUCUUCUGUAAAACUCUUUUCAAUUCAAAUCUGUAGUGUAGGAACAAAAAUAUUGUAUAUACGCACGUAUCUGCGCGUAUGCUAUUACUUUAUUUCACGAUUCAAUGAAUGUUUCGAAUAUCCUAUAUGUAGGUAACGAGACCAGGACCAUCAAUCUGAAAAAUGACAAAACUGUCGACAGAUUAUUUUCAUUUAUUUGUGGAAUUAAAAUGUCUGAUUUCAUAUAUGAUAUUUAUAGAUAUAUUAUGUCGAAAGAAUUCUGUUAUUUAACAACGCGCAACAACUCCUGAGAUUAUGUCCUCUGUACAAUUAUCGUUUUAUUAUUAUUGUAAUUAUUGUUAUUAUUACAUUAGUCUUUUAUUAGCGGUACAAUUAAUAUAAUAUAACAAUUUAAAAAUUUAAUAUAUACGAACAGAAUUUCACGAAAAUGGUACGUUGCACGUGUGUACAACGUUACAGUUUAUAAAUUAUUUUAUUUCUCAAAUUCCAAGGAUGUACAGUUGUACGAUUCUAGAAGCAACUUUAUUCUCGUCGAUGCAAAUGGAAGUGUUGAUUCUAGCCUUGAUCAUUGUCAUCAUCGUUAGUAGCAAUAAAAUAUGAGUAAACAUUCGUUAACAAAAUAAUUUAACAUUAUGACUAGAGAUACAGUUGAAAAUUACCAUGAACAUUUCCAGAACAUUAUUCUCUUACGCAGUCGCGUUUCCAAAAUCAUACAACUUUUACAAAAGAUAUUCCUCGUAAUUGUCAAAAUAAGGUUUCGAUAUAAUACAUAUUAUUCAGUGAACUUAUCGAUCACUAUAAUUUAAUAGUAAAGAUAAUGUAGGAAACGUGUAUGUACAUUGUCGAUUAUACAAGAAGAAAAAUAAUAAACAACAUUUCUUAUCCCAAUAGAGCAAUGCGAGAUAAUAAGGAUUGUAUACGAUAAAUGAUAUUUUUUAAUAAUUAGAUUAACUACGGUAAUUUGGUAAAGUAUCGAGCAAGAAGAAUAACGAAGGUAAUACGAAUCUAAAGAGUUAGAGAUUAAAAUGUUGCGUUAACAUAGUUGUA